AUGGGCUAUGCACAGGAACUCUGCCCCAACAACUGCUUCCUCUCCUCCCCAACUGUGUUGACAGCUGGGUUAAGACUACCUCCAUGGCUAAAGACAGAGAUUCCCAUAGGGAAAAAUUACAAUAAGCUGAAAAAUACGUUGCGGAAUUUAAAUCUUCAUACAUUGGAUGCCAAUGAACCCUACAAUACUGCAAAGGCAAUUGCAGAGUGGGGUCUGGAUUAUGUUGUCCUGACAUCUGUGGACCGAGAUGAUAUGCCUGAUGGGGGAGCUGAACACUUUGCAAAGACUGUAUCCCACUUAAAGGAAAGGAAUCCAAAAAUUCUUGUGGAAUGCCUCACUCCUGAUUUCCGAGGAGAUCUUAAAGCAAUAGAGAAAGUUGCUCUGUCAGGAUUAGAUGUAUAUGCACAUAAUGUAGAAACAGUCCCAGAAUUACAGAGGAAAGUUCGUGAUCCCCGGGCCAAUUUCGACCAGUCUUUAUGUGUACUGAAACAUGCCAAGGAAGUUCGGCCUGAUGUUAUUUCUAAAACAUCUAUAAUGUUGGGUCUAGGGGAGAAUGAUGACCAAGUAUAUGCAACAAUGAAAGCACUUCGUGAGGCAGAUGUGGACUGUUUGACUCUAGGACAAUACAUGCAGCCAACAAAGCGCCACCUUAAGGUUGAAGAAUACAUUACUCCUGAAAAGUUUAAAUUCUGGGAAAAAGUAGGAAAUGAACUUGGCUUUCAUUAUACUGCAAGUGGCCCCCUGGUGCGUUCUUCAUAUAAAGCAGGUGAAUUUUUCCUGAAAAAUCUAGUGGCCAAGAGAAAAACAAAAACCUCCUGAAACUUAAACACACAUAUCCUUCAAGAUCAUGGGAAUUCUAAAAAUUUGAUUCCAGUCAGUAACAGAGGAGACAGAGUGUCAGACUGCAGUGGAUGUGCCUCAGCUCUUUUUGUUCUAAGAAAAAUACCACUA